AUGUCUGAAGAAAGGAAUGGAUCACAACCUGCGGAAAGCAAUACUGAUAUUGACGUGAAGACACCGUCUUUAUCUGUUGAGGCUACAGGCGUUACUGAAAACAUUGGUAACGAUGAUAUUAAUGUGGAAGACGAAAAAGUGGGAGAACCAGACGAGGAAAAGGAGGCCGAAAAGGAAGGAGAGGAAGGAGAGGAAGAAGAGGAAGAAGAAGAACAAGAAGGCAUGGAUGAUUUAUUUGGAGAUGAUGAAGAUGAAGACAAAGAACAAAGAGGGUCUGAUGAUGAAGAAGAAGGAUUUAUUGUAGAGGAAGAUGACGAAAGUGCUCAACGUAGACCUGAAGAUAUGGAUGAUGAAGAAGCAAUGUACACUAGAAAGUUCUACGGUGAUACUGACAAAUAUUCUGAUAAUGAAGAAGAUGCACAUGAUUUUAAAGAGGCCAAUGUUGAAAUUAUAAGACAUAUGGUACCUUACAAGACAUCGUCUGAUCAAGCUGACACAACUAUUUAUUAUGCGAAAGUUCCACCAUUCCUAACUAUUGAUCCUAUACCUUUUGAUCCCGUAAGUUUUGAAACUAAAGUUAAGGAUAGAUUGGCAGAUUAUUCAUCACGAGAAGAUCAAUUGGGUGAUAGAUUAAUUGAUGAAAAUACUAUAAGAUGGAGAUACUCUCGUGAUCAAAAUCAAAGAGUUUUCAAAGAAUCGAACGCUCAGAUAGUUCAAUGGUCUGAUGGUUCCUUCUCAUUAAAAUUAGGAGAUGAAUAUACAGAUAUUUUGGUCAAUGAUACAGAUAAUACCUUUUUGACUGUCUCACAUGAUCAACAAGAAUUAAUGCAAUGUUAUAAUGGUGGUGAAAUCACCAAGACAAUGAUGUUUAUACCAACGUCUACGAACUCUAAAAUUCAUCAACAAUUAAGUAAAGCAGUCACCAGAAGAAACCAAAGGCAAAAUCUAGGGCCAGGUACCAUGAUUAUAGAGAAGGACCCAGAAUUAGAAAAGAAAGAAUUAGAGAAGAAACAAGGGCAGAUUCUAAGAGAAAGAAGAAAAAGACAAUUGAAGGAAAGAGAAAUCCAAGAAUCUCCAGAUACAACGUUUGAUGUACGUGGUAGUGCGUCUUCGAAGAAUCGUAGCCCAGCACCUUCGUCUUAUAGAGGUUCUAGACAAGAUGAAUACGAAGAAGAUGAUUUCUUAGUAGAUGACGACGAAGAGGAAGAAUUUGUUGGUGAUGAAGAUGAAGAGGAAGAGGAGGAGGAAGAAGAGGAGGAGGAAGAUGAGGAUGACAGAAAAGCAAAGCGAUUGAAAGAAAUAAAGAAAGGUGGGGCCCAAGAAUAUGCUGAUCGUGAAGAAAGUGAUAUGGAAGAAGGAUCGUCAAAGAGGAGGAAAGUUGCUGUACUGAGCGACGAUGAAGAAGAUGAAUAG